AUGACAGCGAGGGCGCCAUAUCGAGGUCGUCCUACCUGGCAGAUCGACCUCGACUCAGUCGAGGACGAAGACGACGACCCGCCGCCCCGCAAGGCGAUGAACAAGAAGAUGAAGGCCAGCCACUCGACCCCCCGCUACGCGCGCCGACGACGGCCGCGGUUAGCCAAGCAGAUAAAACUCAAGUCCCAGGUUAGUGGUAAACUGCUAACUGUGAACGAACUUGCGUGUUCGCUGGUCGUCAAUGCUCCACGUCUGCACUUUGACCAGCUGGUGGUCUCCGCGGCCAACAUUGCUCCACGGCAUGCAUGCACAUGGGUGUACAGGUCUCCAGCGCCAUACCAGCGCGCCGUGGACAAUUCCAUCCCUAUGGUCACCGUGCCCGUCGCCGCUGCCGGCCUUAUCGCGACGGUGCGGUUCGGGGCGGAGGAGCUGGCCAGCCGACUCUCUGAGCUCAACCCAGUGCACCUCUUUUUGGCAUGUUUCUUCCCGGCCGCAGCGGCCAUCGUCUACCUCAUGCUGCGUCCACGCGCGGUGUACCUCGUCGACUACGCCGGCUUCCGUACCCCGUCUAAUUGCCGGGUACCCUUCGCCACAUUUCUGGAGCACGCGAGACAACUGCCCGAGUUCGACGAGCGCAGCAUCCGGUUCAUGACGCGGUUGCUGGAGCGCUCAGGGCUCGGGAACGAGACCUGCCUGCCCCCGACGCACCACUACAUCGGGACGCACAAAUAUUGCACCGUUGACGCCGCCCGCGCCGAGUUCGAGCUCGUGGCUUUCUCAGCCAUCGGCGACCUGCUCGCCAAGACCGGCAUCUCCCCGGAUGCCAUCGACAUACUCAUCGUCAACUGCAGCUUGUUCUGUCCCACGCCGUCUUUGGUCGACAUAAUCAUAAACAAGUACAAGCUGCGGAGCAACGUCCGCAGCAUGCAACUCUCCGGUAUGGGAUGUAGCGCGGGGAUUAUCUCCGUGGGGCUCGCCCGGAACCUCCUGCAGGUUGCUCCCCGGGGCGCACACGCGCUCGUCGUCUCUACGGAGACCGUCACGCCGAACUACUACUUCGGGACUGAGCGCGCAAUGCUCCUGCCUAACUGCCUCUUCCGCAUAGGCGGAGCGGCCGCGCUGCUGUCGACAUCGUCGGCAAAGGCCCGGUUCCGCCUAAAGCAUGUCGUGCGCACGCUCACCGGCGCCGACGACAGUUCAUUCCGGUGUGUGUUCCAGGAGGAGGACGGAGAGGGCUACCGGGGGAUCAACCUCAGCAAAGAUCUGAUGAACAUCGCCGGCGACUCGCUCAAGGCCAACAUCACCGCAAUGGGGCCACUCGUCCUGCCGGCCAGGGAGCAGCUUAUGUUCGCCUUCUCCUUCUUCGCACGGAAGGUGAUCGGCAAGAGAGUGAAGCCGUACAUCCCGGACUUCCGCACGGCGUUUGAGCACUUCUGCAUCCAUGCUGGUGGCCGCGCGGUCAUUGACAAGCUGCAGAAGAGCCUUUGCCUUUCCGACGAGCAGGUGGAGGCAUCACGCAUGACGCUGCACCGGUUUGGAAACACGUCGAGCAGCUCGCUGUGGUACGAGCUGGCCUACAUAGAGGCCAAGAGCCGCAUGCGCAAGGGCGACCGCGUGUGGAUGAUCGGCUUCGGAUCUGGAUUCAAGUGCAACAGUGCGGCGUGGGAGUGCAUCGAGCCUGCGCGCAACGCCCUUGGACCGUGGGCAACGUGCAUCCACAGAUAUCCGGUGGAUGUUCCUGAUGUUCUGAAGCAUUAACUGCUGGCUAUGAGUGCAUGUUUAAUAAGGGGCUAUAAUAACAUAAAUUGCUAAUGGAGCUUGAGCUCAAUGGAGCCCUUAUAUUUUUUUAAAAAAAAUAGGUUGUAAAAGAAUCCGAAGAAAAAUACACACAUACAUAUAGAUGUAUAUACAACUCCCUCGAUUUCAGAAUAAGUGUCAUUGUUUUAGUUAAA